AUGAAUAAUGCGAAGGAGGCGCUUGCAAUUGAUAAACUAUUCAAUAUCUUACCUGAUCUCUAUCGACAAAGUCAAGCAAGAAAGAAAUUUCGGCGAUUUAUCAACGAAGAAUUAGCAUGGCGAUCGCAAUAUGAACUGUUGAACGGACUUUAUUGCCUUGAUCGAAUCCCAUAUGUCAUCAAAGAGUUUAAUGAGAAACUUUACGUUUUAUUGGAAGACGGACGUUAUCGAUUUGAUCGAAUUAAUCCAAAUUUAUUUACAUAUGAUCAGACCAAUUUGAUUCUACGCAAAGUAAUCGAUGAUGAAAUUCUCGAUGAUCCGACGCUCGACCAAAAAUUCGAAUUCCAAUUUCUGCAAUCGGAUGUAAAAGAUCGAGUCGAAGUCAUCAGUGAACUCGUCAUUGGACAAAUCUCAGAUCCAAAUGUCUAUUUGAAAAACGAUGGUCUGAACUCCUUUCGCGAUCGAAAAGGACAACAAACAAGCUCCAUACCUCAUCCGAAGAACAUAGACCGCUCUGAUUCUCCACACAACGAGUCGAUUGAGCAUCAAGCCCAAUCAGAUGCUUAUGGGUUUAAACACAUUCGUGCUUACAUCGAUCGUUUUCUUGCUCAUUAUCGUCGAGCGAUCGUUCUCGCUCAUCGUUCAACCAAUUGGACGUUAUUACAAAACGUUGCCAAAUCGUUUUACAAUUCUCUGGAACAACUCAUUCAAUACCUUUCCACCACAACAUUGAAGAAGAUAUUCUCAAUCAAUGCUCUACUUUCGCAUAGCUACCAAACGAUGUUCAUUGCCAGUGAGUUACUUCUCGAUAUGCUCUAUCGUACAAAGCCAUUCUAUGACAAUCAAAAUGACAAAUUGAGAAAUACGAAUUCGAAUCGAUUGAACCAAUGGUUUACAAACUUGGAAUGUUCAUGGACAGGAACGACGUUCAAUUUCGAACAACCACAAGAUCGAACAAUACUAAUGGAUCUGAGAUUCAUCAAGAAGUUUAUUUUACGCGCAUUACAUUCUUUGUAUGUCGCAGCGAAAUGGGAAAAACUAGGAACGAUAGCAAUGAGAUUCAAUGCUUUAUCUGAUCAUUAUUUUGCAGACUUAGUUAGUCCGUUGUUGAUCGCUGCUCAAACUGCGUUACUGCAACAAUUGCGUGAUCGACAGAACUCAACUGAUCAGCCACAUUUCAAGGCAGCUGUUGCUACAUUAGGACGACCGAUACAUCCCGAUGAUUUUUAUACACUUCGACCUGAAAAACUCUUUCAAAUCUCCAAUGAUAUGUAUGAAAGCUCUGUUCUACCACUCAGCCUUGAUGAUCGACUCGAUCCGAAAGGAUUCGACUUCUAUGCUCAAACCAAUCACGCGCUGGAACUCAUUAGCAUACCACUUGAUGUGGAGUUUAGUCGUAAACUUCUACGACAAGGCCUAGAAAAGACUCAUUAUUCAUCUCGAUCGAUCAUCGAGUGUCGAAAAAUGUUUGCAUUCUAUAUAUUCAAACAAGAACAAGAAUUAGCGAAAGAUUUUCUCAUUUUUACACCGAUUACAGAAAAUAUUUCUCAACAGGAAAAGCAAAUCUCUGGGAAGAAAGAGGCAACAUUGACAUAUCAAUAUCGGCCACUAACACCGGGAGAAUCUUUAGAAUUUUCUCCAUUAGAGACUAAUAAAAUCGAGACGCCACCAUCGACACGGAUCACGAAAGAAUCAGUGAUCGAAACGUAUCAAACAUUAGCAAAAUUAUUGCUGGGUCAAAAUCGUCGUGAUCUAUACUGUCAGAUACAAAGUGAACUUGGAGAUUUAUACUUUCAUUGUGAUAAACUAUUAGAAUCGAAAUCGGUCUGGUGUGAUGUUAUUGAUCUACUUCUCGAAAGCACCGAUGUCAUAACUACAUGGUUCAAAAAAGAUUCAUUAAGAAAUCUCAUAUCAAAUCGUGUACAACUCAUUCAGAAAUGUGGUAUUUGGGGAUGUCUAUUACUAGCAAUUGUCACAUCGAAAUUAGCCAAAUACCAUAUCCAUUUGAAUUGUGAUCAACAUCUUCAAACAUGUUUGUUAAGUGCAUACUUUCUUCGUUCAAUUUUCUUCUACACUUUACCACAUUCGGAACAUGAUCUGGAUUAUGCAACAUUAUUCAUUGAUCAUUCUGUCCAUGUCUGGCCUGGUGUACAAUUGACUAGUGAUGAAUUUCGUUUGAAUCCAUCGGCAUUGAUGGACGCGCUAGCCUACACAAGCGAAGCACUCAUUCGCCAUGAUAUUUGUCUUCAAGUUCUUCCGGUUAUUGCUCUCUACGAUGUUUUUGCCUUACAUUGUCGGAAUGUUCAACAUACAGUACAAGCGCGACUUCUACGUUUACGUGCUUUGAUUCAGUUGAAUUUGUUUCAUGAAGCACAUCAGAUUAUUUAUAUAUUGAUCGAUGGGCACAAACUACCUCAUACACAAUUACCUGGUCACUAUCGGUUGAGUAUUUCAGAAGCAAAUUCAUCUAAACAUUACAAACCGAAAUAUUUUGACAAUACUAAAAGUGUUAUCUCCGAUCAUAAUAUUGCUGUAUUGGAAGGCCUUCUCACAUCGAAACUUUCUCCAACCUUGUCGCAACUUUAUAGAAGUCAUCUAACCAUCGAAUUUCAUUAUCUCCUUUCACUGUUUUUCAUUCGUCUGGCAGCACGUAUUCCAGUCAUAGCCGACCUAGAUUUAUUUCAAAAUAGUGAAUUGAAAGAAAUGCUGAAUGGGCCAAUUUCACGUACAUACCGGCGAACAGCUGCCAAUGUCGGUGACGGAACAAAAGUCAAAUCAACAGUUUUUCCCGACGAAUCAUCACGUUCGUUUGUUCAUGUGAAAUCUUACCUUAUUGGUACUGGAAAAUUAUUUGCCGAGAAGUGUCUAAACGUUUUGCAACAAACUGAUGAAUUAUCACGCGAUCAUCCAUCGAAUCUCGAAUCAUUCGAACAUCAAUUACUCAUUGAUUGUUUAACUAUAUUAGCUGAAUGUGCUCAUCAAUGUCAUCUAGAUCAAUUAGCAGCAAGAUAUGCUUUGGAAUCAUUGAAAGUCCUAUCAACGGUUGGAGAAGAUAACAUUGCCGAAAAGAAGAUUGCAAAUGGAUCAUCAAAGCGUAAAUCAUCUUUGCCACGCGCAAGUGUCAGCACUCGACAUCCACAGAAAACACUCAAUGCAUUGAAUAUUCUUUUCAACAGUCGCUAUUCGCAUAAUCUCAACGUUUAUACAUGGUUGAAGCAACGUGCCUAUCUUUGUUAUAUUAUUUUACAACAAAUUAAUUCGUUGGGGAAAGUGAAGGGUAUUGAUGAGCAUACACGUGAAGAAUUAGCGAAUGUUCAAGUUUAUAUUGACGACGGUUUCAACGAAUCUGAGCAGUAUCAAUGCGAAUCGAUGCAAGCAACGUUCUUGUUAUAUAAAGCAUUGAAUAACUUGAGUGAACUAGUGAAUAUCAAAGAGAAUAUCCAACGGUUGAAUACGGCUUGUCAAUUGUUUCAAUCAGCGUUGACUCAACAGAAUAAUCUUUUGUCUGUAGAGAUUCUAAUGAAUCGAUCAUUGACACAGAUACUUCUUUGGGAACAUCAUUGCGUUCAAGAUUUUAACGGAACUGUCACGAAACUGAUCGAAGAGAAAGAAAAUGAUAAAUUACAAUCAUCCAUCCUAGAUUUCCUUGUUCAAAUGCGUGAACGUAUCCAAACGACCAGUUCGAGCCAUCCUCGUGAUUGGUUCUCCAUACCAGUUAUUCCAUUGGCAAAUCUCUAUUCUCCCUUACUUCUUCCCUUAGUAUUUGCUAAAUUACGUACAGCAACAAUCAUAGUCGAUCAUGCGUACCGUUCGUUAAGUGAAGAUUUAACCAUGAACAAUCUCUUCGAAAAUGCUCAAACAUUGUUUCGUCAAUGUUUAACGUUAAAUCAAACAUUAGUCGAACGUUAUGUGAAUAUCGACUGCGAAUGUCUUCUACAUUUAGCUCGUAUUGGUCGUUUACAAAAACGAAUUAGUUUAACGUCAACCAUGACAAUUCCAUUGAGAACUGUUGUCAAAUACCUCUUAGAUGCUAUUCGUCUAUGUUACUUUAGUACGAAUGACGGAGAAUUUAUUCAGACGUGUUAUUUUGAAUUAGCGAUCGUUUUACUUGAAUAUACACGCGCGCCAAUCGAUGGAGCGAGAAAACUGUCGGUGAAGUCUUUACCACUAGCCAAAUCACAAGAUCUGUCGGCUCCUUCGAAACCACAGCAAGUGAAAUUGCGCGCAAGUGUUGCGGUUUCGAAUAACAUUAAUACUACGGAACAGCAACAACAACAAAAGCAGCAGCAGCAGAUCAAGCAAGCGGCAUCCGUUGCUGUACAUGCGGCAACCCAAAUGGCCGUGAAUCAGAAACAACGUGUACAACUACCUGGUCUAGCUGAAGAAUUUUCUGAAACAGAUGAAAUUCAUUGGCCAACGUAUUUAGCAGCCGAUAUCAUCGGAUAUUUUAUCUUUCCGGAACGUCGACGAGUCUUUAAAAGUGCAGCCGAAAAAGAAGUGUUAACAUUAGCACCACAUUUCGAAGCAAAACUAUUACCGGAGCCUUUUGACACCAAACUUGACCGUCUCAACCUAGCGGCCACACAAGAUUUGACUUGGUUACAUCUUCUCAACUACCAAAAUAACGUGGCGAAACGUCUUGAUAAUCGUCAAUUACUUUCCUUGGACUGUGAUGCUGUGGGUCGAUCGAAUCUCUUCUUUUUACACAUCUUUCCACGUUUUGUUGGCGUUACCCAAGCUCUGCAAUCACUUCAUCAUUAUUCAUCGCAAUGCAUGUCGAUAUAUCCAUCAGAUAUCUAUAAUGACAGUGUUUUACAGAUGACUUCGUCAUCAACGAAUAACUUCCCACAUCGAGCAUCGGUUUCAUCUGCGCGGACUAUGCGUAGUGUCCAAUCAAAUGCCAAUGAGAUAAACGAUGAAAAUCUCGAACAUUGUCCCAAUAUUCAUCUUCAAAUGGUCAAGAAAGAACUCUCUGAUGAGCAACUAAAAACAGAAUUCAGUCUAUCAUGGUAUUCAUCGAACACAAUACGUGUUUACACAUCACAAGCACAUAAUCAACCUCAGUUGCCUGUUUUUGGUUUUUACACGACUGGAAAUGACGAUUUGAUCAAUGUAGUAUCUGUACCAUUGGAACAAUUACUUUAUCUGCAUAAAAAGUACUUACCGUUGGCUCAAAUCGCUGAAACUGAUCCUAAACAAAUCAGCCAUAAUCAAAUACAAUCAAUUCUACGAGAGUUAUUCAUACUUUUAACCGGAGAGCAAACUGUUAAAAUUGUCGACGAUGACGAAGCUUUGUCAAAAAUAACGCCUCGUCUGACUGACUCGAACGCGUAUGUUGAACUAGAGCGAUUUCUCAAUCCCAAAUUCGGCGCACAAACAAAUGAUGUACAACUUCGUGACUGGUUUAUCAAUACAUUUAAACAAUCUGCGAAUACACUUUUAUUAACACAAGAUUAA